AUGGCAUCACAAGUCUUCCAAGCUAAACGCACGGCUCUCAUCACAGGAGGUGCCUCCGGUGUGGGCUUUGCUUUUGCUCAGCUGUGUCAGAAGUUUGGCAUGAAUGUCGCCCUGGUGGACAAAUCUACCGAAGGACUCGAGAAGGCAAAGGAAAUCUUGUCAGGCACUGCCAAGAAUGGACAGAGGACCGAGGACGUAUCCGAGAUCACACAAUGGCGAUCCCUCAAGUCAGAGGUAGAGGCCAAGUUCGGCAACAUCGACCUCUUGAUGCUGAACGCCGGCGCCUCGUUCAAGCCUACCCAAGGUUUCGGCGCACUACAGACAUGGAUGGACCCAGAAUACCACCACAAAACUUACGACACGAACGUAUUUGGCGUACUCAACGGCAUCGCAGCUUUCCUACCUCUGCUCCAGAAUAAAAACACACCUUCCUCAAUCGUCAUUACCGGAAGCAAGCAAGGCAUCACCAACCCACCCGGCGGCGGCAAUCCGGCAUACAAUGCCAGCAAAGCUACCCUUAAACACCUUGCCGAGCACCUCUGCCACGAUCUGCGAAGUGCGAGUCCAUUAAUCAGUACGCAUUUGCUUAUUCCUGGGUGGACAUACACGGGCUUCAGCGGCAAUGCUGGUCCCAUUCCUGACGAAGAGGCCAAAGCAAAGAAACCCGAGGGCGCAUGGUUGGGCUCACAAGUGGCCGAGUAUGGUGUGAGGAAGAUGAUGGAGGGACAAUUCUACAUUGUGUGUCCUGACGAUGAUGUUUCGGAAGAGUUGGACAAGGCGAGAAUGGCCUACGCCAUGGGCGAUGUGUGUGAAGGCAGACCUGCAUUGUCGAGGUGGCAUGACGAGUACAAGGACAGCGCUGCUGAGUGGAUACAGAAGGAGGCGGAGAAGAGAAAGGGAGGACAGUAG